UCGCUGAUAAUCGUCGUUUAUGUACAUACAUGAUCAGCUGUCUAUGAUUUUUGGUGGUGUGCAUUUUGCUCAAUCGAUUGGUAUUAUAGUGCGCGAUGCUCUGCAACUUUCAUCGUUCUCUCUAUGAAUUGGAACAUUUUGAAGUACAACAAUCAAGAGAGAAAAAAUUGUUAAAAAGUCUGUGUAUCGUUGAUGAGAUAAAUCAAGCAAGGGAUUCAAUUCUGCGGAUGCGUCGGUCAUUUCAUACACCUGAUUGUGCAUCGGUUGAUGAAUCAUCUCGAAGUACUGCCGGAGAUUGUACAAAUUUGCGUGACGCAUUUUUUUGAAAUAUGAAGUACAGCUCGCCAUCGAGUACCUUGAAUGGCUCAUCUAAAAUAUUUACAAACAUUCGAUCCACAUUGUUAAAUUCAAUUAUUGAGGCGAGGCAAGGGACGGCGGCGAGGCCGGUCGAGCAGGACCGAUCUCCGUGUCCGGUCUGCACAGCUGGCCGCAAGCAUGCGAAGGAAGAGGCCGCGUACAAGGAGUCGCAACGAAGCCACGAGCAUGCACGCGACAAAAUACGCAGAAGAAGCUGGCCAUCGUCGUCAGCGCCGCGAUCGACUCGAGGACGACGACUCGUCCGAGUCAGGCUCCGAGCCCGAGACUAGACCCGCCACUGCCUGCCUCGAAGCACCUCGGGUACUCGAUCGCCGGCUCGUCGAUCAACUGGACAUGUCGCUUCUUAAUAAGGACUCGCUCGAGGCCUCUCUCAUCCUCAUCAGACAGAAUUUGGCCAAGUCGAUGCAACUGCAAAAAGCGUCGGAGCCACGCGAUCCUUCGCGAGAGACUUUGCCAACGGAGCCGACGGGCCAACGAGCCUGCAGUCCGAAUAGUAAAGUCGCUUCUCGUCGCUACCCUCCAUCGGACGACAUUAACAACAACAACAACAACAGCAGCAGCAGUAGCAGCAGCAGCACCUCUAGCAGCCACAGUAACGGCAGCAAGAGAUCCAAGUUCGAGGAGUCGAUCGAUCUUGCACGGAACAAGCUAAGCGAGAAGCCAGCCAAAUCGACAAAAUUGACAUCGACGGGGCAGCUCUCGCCGCUGCGAUUCACUCGCGCCUCGAUGCGCUCGGACAACUCCAGCGAGAUAAGCUUGAUCGCGGCAUCGUCACCGAGCACCGGAAGACGGCAAAACAGCAAAUGGCCGACUCCCAGAGCAGCGAGGCCAGUCAACGAGGCCAGCUGCAAAAGCUGCCUCGGAUCGGCUCAUCAGCCCGAGCGAUUUCACAGCCACUCACGACCUCGCAGUCCGGAGCAGGCGAAACAUCCGAAAGGCUCGCGCUCCAGCGUCUCGAUAAUACCCGUGCGCAGCUCGCUGGCCAAAGCCGAAUGCCGGCGCAAAACUUCGGCCAAAUCCGGCGGCAUCGGGUCGCCUAGUCCCGUCGACUCCUUUGGAGCUAGAGCGGCGCCGCAGGAGAGGCAGAAAAAAUGUCCCGAUACAGCGAGUGCGGUCGAAGCUGCGAGGCCAGCUUGCCCCCAGCUCAAGGCCAGCAGCGAUGACUCCAGCAAAACUAACACGAGUAAGAAAAGACCCAGGAGCGUCACCUGCUACAUUUGCGGACGCGAAUUCGGCUCGGCUAGCUUCCCCAUUCACGAGCCCAAAUGCUUAGAGAGGUGGCAUCGCGAGAACAAAUCACUGCCGAGCUCGCAGAGGCGCAACGAGCCGCAACGACCCAACUUUCCCAUCGAUCACGAAGAAUGGAACACCGCGGCUUGGGAGCAAAGUCAGGCUUUACUCAUUCCGUGUUCCAAGUGCAAAAGGACUUUUCUGCCGGAUCGCUUGGGCAUUCACGAGAGAAAUUGCCGAAACAGCAAGGGACACCAUCAAAGCACCAACAUCGCCCGUUUGAUCGCCCGAAAUUCUUCCCAGACGAGUAAACUAUUACGAUCUGUUGCCCAAACGAAAAUGCGUCAAUGUUAUGCAACGAAUCUAAGUCAGAAUUUUACGGCAACAGCUUCGGGUAAAGGGAAAAUCGGACUGAUAUCUGGCUUACCAGUCAGAUGCUCGAUCGGCGGAAAUUUAUCGAGCAAGACUACGACACAUGCUGCCGGUGCGAGGAACAAAUCCUAACAUCACGCUAAGCAACGGGUUUGAUUUAUAAAAUUUUUCAUCAAUUUUAUUGUUACACUCAUGUUCGCUUAUUUCUCGUAAUCGGUAUUUCAAGCCUCGUCAGACGUUUUGAGUGCUAUAUCAAGUGUUCAAAUUUGAAUAUGUCACAUUGAGGGGAUAUGAAUAUGUUCUUACUUUAAAUAUUUACGAGUGAAUUUUGAAAAAAUAAUUUUUGAACAAACACGAAAAGUAAAUGUAGUCGCGGCUCACAGUGUUUUAACGUUAUAACAUUGUAAUAUUAUUAGUCACGAAAAUAAAUAACUUGUGUUGAAUGAAUCAGGAACAACAAAAUAUCGUUAUUUUACUAUAAUUUAGUAGAUAUUGAAUACGCAGUAAAAUUCAAGCAAUAAGGUGCCAAGUUACUGGGCUUUUUACAUUUGGAAAUUAAUCAAUAUUUAACAAAAUAAUAAACCAACUACAAUUCGACUAUCAUGUAAGGAGGUACCUCCACUAUUCUUUACAUGUUCUGUGAUUUUUUGAUUUUUCAUCUGUCAUAUAUAUUUUAAUUUCAAUCAAAUAUUUAAUGUUAGUUCAGCCAAUGGCUAA